UCAUUGCUAGAACACUUCUCUCAAGAAGCGCGUCGUUUGGUCAGCAAUUUUAUCCAAUGGAAACAAACCCUUUUAUGUGGACAAAGCCUUUGUCGUGGCCAGAAAUGCGGGAUAAUUACAUUCGAGAUUCUUUGGAUAAUUCUGUGACAGAUGAUGCGGGAUGUUUAAGAAUAAACCAGGCGAAGAAAGUAUACAAGAAUCAGAUUUUAAAGCCGAAAGCAAAAAGACAAACCGCCAUGCAUUCAUGUUCUUCUAAAGAGAUUAUGAAAAAUCAAAGUGUAAAGAUUGAACCCAAAAUGUGCCGUCGUCCUCGACGUUGGUUGUCAUUGUCAGAUCUCGAAUUUUCGUCCAUCGUUGAAGAUAUUGGAAAAUCUACCAAUAGUUUGCAUGGUAGAAAAAUUGUGGACAGAAAAUUACCACAAGUUAAAUUUGGCGGCAAAUUUUCAUCGCUACUAAGAAAUUCAUCUCCAAGUGAGUCUUUCAACUUGCAACAUGAGCACGGCUAUUACUCAUCAAGUGGAAAGUUAAUGGGUAGUACAGCAAAGCAAUCACAGCAACAACAGAGACGUAGUCGUACCACGUUUACAACAGAACAACUAGCCGUUUUGGAGUCAGCUUUUAAAAUUUGUCAUUAUCCGCCUGUUGGGGUUAGAGAGGAACUUGCGUCAAACACAAAACUCACAGAAGCCAGAGUACAAGUAUGGUUUUCCAACAGACGAGCCAAAUGGAGAAGAACUCAGUCUACGGAUUCAUUUAGAAUGAAUAAUCAAACAAUCUUCAGCGCGCAUAACGUUGCUGACCAAGAAACAGGAAGCAUUUGCAACGAAACAUAAAACACAAAUUAAAUAUAUAUAUCUCCAAAAAAUGUAAAAAGCGAAAUUGCUAACUGUUUUGCAGUGUCUAACUUUGUGUACAUGCUUUUAGCUUUUGAAAAAAUCAGUUGAAGUGUUCACUCGACAACGAAAUUAUUGGACGCAAAGUGCAUGGACCUAUGAUUCGUUUUGUCAUUUUGUAUUUUCUUCUUGUUUUGUUUUUCUCAUUAACUACUGGACCAUUCGCUUUGAUAUUUUUGUGUUGUUAAAGAUUGUUGUCACCAGAAAACUAUCACUUUUAUUCAUUUCAAAACUUCCUGCGGGCUCUGUUGUAUUCGUUUUUCUAUUUCUAUUUUUGUGGUGAAGUUAACAAAAUGACGGUACAGGUACUAUAUUAUAUUGGGUUUUUGAAAUUAUGCCGCUGUAUUUACAUUUUAAUCAAACCCAUUUUAUAUAUUUCAUAUAUAUGCUUCAUACACAAUUUCAUGAAUAUAUAUGUUUAGUUUAUUAACCAUUAUGGUAAAGGGAAGAUUGUCGUUUGAUUCCAAUAUGAUAUACCUAGUAGU